GGCGAGACGAGAUUUAUAAUGGCUAGUCAAUUACUGGAUGUGUUCAAUUAUUCUUUUGAGUCCGAGGAGCAUAUUGAACACUCAUCAAAAGAUGAUAAAAAUGUGAUUGAAGAUUCGUCAAAAACCGAAACGAAGUACGAAAUUUUUAAAACCGAAGAAAGUGGAAGUCAGAUACAUAGAAGAACCGAGUCGAAGGAUCCAAAGGAGGAAAUUAGUGACGAAAAAGAUCUUGACAUUCUGGAAGCGGAUAACGUUAUCGCUCGUCCGUUCCAGAAGGUGUCUAUAUCUAUUGAGUCCGACAAGCAGUUUGAACUUACAGCAAAAGAAGAGAACAAUGUUGUUGCAAAAUCCAUCGUAGACGAACUGAAUUACGAUAUGGCAAAACUCAAAGAGAGCGACGAGCAAGAAGAGGACAAACCUGAUUUUACUGAUAGAAGAGAAGCAACUGGCAGUAGAAAAAGAUAUCAUAGUGAAAACAAUGAAGAUGGUAAUAUGAUUGCCAAUCCGUUACAGAAUAUGUUCAAACUUGUGUCCGAUGAGCAAUUGAAAAAUACCACAAAAGAGGAGAAAACGGUUGUAGCAGAAUUUUUGAUAGCUGAACUGAAUUACAACAUGAUUAAACUUAAAAAGAGCGACAGUCAGAAAGAUAAAAGUAUUGAAUCGGAGAAAAGGAAGGAGGUUUCAGGUGACAGCUCUGAUGGCAUUAUGUCGGUAAAAAGAUACUUGGAAGUUAACUUUCCUAAUAAUACACCUGUCCUUGAAAAUCAUAAUAAGAACCCGAGUAAUAAAGAAGUGUUUGGUGCCAAUGGAGAAAACGAUAAAAGGGAACCCACUGUCGACUACACAUGGUUAAAAAGUUCAUCGGUGAAUGAUAUUGCAAUGUCACAGUUGGAGAAUAAGGCACUACAAAAGGUUAUCGGUCAGGUUAAACAGGAGGAUUGCAACAAAAUAUUAGCUCUCUUUAGAAAUUCAGUUCAAGACAAGGGCAUUCAACAAGCAAAUGAACUGCCUUCACUACUGAUGGAAAGCGCAUUUCAAGUUCUUGAAAAAAAGAGAUCUGAAGAUGUAUUAUUAGUUGAUUUGUUACCGACUAUAAUUAGAAAUAACAGUGAAGGAUCAAAUAGUGCUAAGGAUGACCAUGCAAGUACUUCGGAUGAUCAACCUACGACAAAUGACAAAGACUGAUAGUCUUUUAUAACAAAUAAUAAGAUAAUGUAUAUAAAAAAGCUUAUCGUUUUGACAAAAAGCAAAUAAGACUAAAAUGCUGGAUGCUUAAUAUAUUAAAACGAGAUCGCACCUUGUAGAAUCUCUGGAAACAUAAAGCUUAGCUGAUAUAUUACUGGUAAAAUAAAUAUAUACCAUGGGAGCCGUGAUUAAAUUCUGAAACACUAAAUUCAAUUGUUAGGGUAAAAAUAACCUUUCUGUCUUACAAAAUAGUUACCCGUCUAUUUGGUCAUUUAUUUAACUGUCGACAUGGAUGUAAACUCAUUUAAAAACGAUACUUUUAACAGAAUUUUUGAAUAUUUCUUCAUAAAUAUUACAUUGAACGAUAUGGUCACUUCGGAAUUUGAAGAGUGUGCUCUUCAUCAAGGUAGUCAAAUUAAUUUACACAUGUGAAUGCAGUUAUUGUUAUUUAUUCUGUAAUUUGUAAAUGUGGAUUAUCAAUCA